AUGGAGACUCCGGCGAUGCCCAUGCCGAAAGAUGAGCGUGAGCAAGCUAUCCUCGACAAGCUCUCAGCCAUCCGCGACCAGCUCCUGCUUCUCAAGAGAGACCGAACGAAAUACAUCCGCACCCAAGAUGUGAUUGUACACUAUGACGAGGUUGUCGAGCAGGUCAAGGAGCUCAACGAGAUCAGGAAAGGGGAAAAGGUUACCGAGACCAGAGUCGAUAGAGUCCUCGAAAGCUGCCUACAGCUUCUCUCUCUCUUCUUCAUGACAAUCGGCCGCACACAAGAAGCCCCCGCGGCCUACGCAUUGACCUCAACCAUCAAGCGAUUACUCGACCAUCUGACCGAGGCCGACCUCUACUCAGCCAAGGACCUGAACAGCAUGGGCCAUACCCUCUCCCAGCUCGACAAGGUCAUGACGGCCACCGACCACUCCCACUCGCCUUACAUUAUCGAGCUCCUGGCCAACCGCCUAGAACUCUGCCACAGCUCUCUGGACAACCUGAAGAAGAGGGUGGAUGGCCUGCAGGAUCCGCUACAGAGCAUCCACGAGAGGCUGAUUUCCAUACUACGGUCCAUGUCGCUUGCGAACACCAAGGCGAAGUUUUCGGCAUCGGAGGUCCAGAGACUACAAGCGCAGGUCAAGGAGAUUGACGAGUCAAGGGUGGAUGGCCACUUUGUCGGACCAGACGGUAAGGUUCUUCGCGGAAGCGAGAGGGUGUCGCACUUGGUCGAUGUCUGCCUUAAGUGGUCGGAGAUUGUUCUCGAAAGGAGAGGAGUCAUCCCCGAGGCCUUCAAGUCCAGGCACGAGCAGCUCGUCAGCAUCCGCAACGAGCUUGAGAAGCUUUCCAUCACCCAGGCCUGGUCGCUGCGCGAGACGGACUUGUACGACUACCAGCGCGAGCUUGACAAGAUCGAUGAAAGCCGAGUGGACGGUAACUGGCUCGACGACGAAGGAAAGCCGGCCGAGCUGUACGUGCAGCGCACGCUGCUGUACCUCAUCAGGAGGAGCUACGGUUACAUUUAUUACCUGAUGAUCUCGUCGGAGCCGGUGUCGGAGGCCCUUUUGCCCAUUUACAACCAGCUGCAGACGUUGAAGCGGUGCCUGAUCGAGGUGAAGGACUCGGGCGGUGUCAGCUCGGUCAGGGAGCUGUACCCUUACAGCAUGAAGCUUAACUCCAUCGACAACAUGCGCGUCGAUGGCAAGUUCAUGGUCGGCGGCGAUAUACCCGAGGGUCAGGGGAGCGUUAGCGCUCUGCUGGCUGAGUGCUAUGAUCUUACGUAUGAGUUAAAGGUCAUGGCUGAGGAGAUGGAGGAGAGAGAGAAGGAUGGCUCGUCGUAG